AAAAAUAUUAGUCUUGCAAGUUUUUAUCAAAAAGCACCCUAGUAAUCUCCUUGCUUGUUCAAAUGCAAUCUCUAAUCUCAGCACAGCAAAACUGAUCUCGGCAGCGAUUCAAACAACGCGUCAACCGAGACCUGUUAUCUCUUUCCCCUGAUUUUAUCAACUCAAAAGGUAUUAUUAAUUACUAAAGGCAGAAACUUCUUCAGCUUGAGGAAACAAAGCAGAGGGCAACAAUGAAGUGGGUCAAAGUCAUAGUAUCUUUCAUCCUCACACUCUCGUUCUUGUCGUUUCCUUCAUGCGCGUUCCAAUCCGAUGAGCUUCUUGUUGACGACGAAGAGUUCGGACUCGAGGGGGCUCCGCAACAUCGUUCCCCUGAACCCAUCCCCACUCGAUCCCCACCAGUCACAUCCCCGACCCGAAAGAGGCAUUCGGAUCUAGAUUCCGAUUCUAAGAUCCAGUUCUCUCUUGACCACGCUUUUGGCGACUCCGAUUUCUCUCCCGCUGGCACUUUCUCCGCCCGCCUCAAAACAUGGAGCCACGGCGGCCAGACUCUUACAAAGCUACGGUUUUCGAGGAACAGUUUCUCUGAUGUGGAGAAGGAGAAGUUCAAAAAUCUGCUUGAAAGUGAUGACUUCUAUAGGAUAAGACUCCCAUCUAAUGUUUUGAGUCCGCCUGGGAGGGAUUUUAUUAUUUCAUCAGUGAAAGCAAGAUGUCUUCCUAGAGAAAGUUUGGAUGAGCAUUUUGUAAUACACAUGGAGGGUGUAAAUGUUUUGGCUGUCAAUUAUGGCUCUCCCGGGUCAUGCCCUUAUCCUCGGAAUUUGAAACUUCCUGCAAAGUGGUCCUUCAGUUCACAUACAGUUUUAAAGAACAGUGAGCAGGCACCCAGGGCUCCUGUAUUUACUGAAGAAAUUCUUGGCGGAGAGAAUGCUGAAGGUGAAGUUGUGCAGCCGGCUGAAAGGUCUUUUUGGGCUAAAUACUGGAUGUAUUUGAUCCCUCUGGGACUCAUUGUCAUGAAUGCCAUAACACAAGCAAUGAACAUGCCUGAGGAACAAGCUACUGGCCAGGUACCUGCACAAGGACAGCCGUCAGCUGGAGCAGUGCAGCGUGGGCCAAGUUCUGCUGUGCGUAGAAGGUGAUCAAUAAGGUUGCUGCUAUUUAUACCAUUUUAGAAGUGAAGGGAUGAAGUUGAGAGUGAUCUCUUUUAGGGUUCUUCAAUUGCAUGAAUUGAAGCUCAUUAUGGAUGUUUACUUUCCAAUAUCUGUGGUGGUAAUGAACUGAAGCCACCUAAUGAGAAGAAUAUUAGGUGGCAGCUCUCUUUUUCCUUUUUUCCGUUUUAACCUCCGAUAUCAGAAUUAUCUGUGAUAAUCCCAUUGACAAUUGAAUCGUAUGUUUUAGCAUUGCAAAAAUUUAGGCUUUUUUGUUUUGUUGGUAAAAGUAAA